GAACUUUUGCCUUUGGUUGAUGAACGAGUAAAUGUGACACGUACAAAUCACAUCAUGUGGACAAUGGGUAAUGAUUUUCAGUACCAAUAUUCUAAAUCUUGGUUCAAACAAAUGGACAAGUUUAUCCAUUAUGUUCAAGAUUUGUUGCUGCGCAUAGGAUCACAUCCUUUGACUCAUGUCCAAUAGGUCAUUGGCAAUGAUUCAUAGUUCUAAGAGGAAGAUUGUAGUACACAGUUUAUUGGUGUGUCCAUGCUCCUAUCAGGCAAGGGAAUUCAUGAGAACUAGUUUAACUGAGAGAAUGGUCCUUGAUGGAGUGCAAUGGCAGAACAGGAUUCAUGUAGCUGAUUCCAGUUGGUCUUCAGAUGAUGUUGAUCUUCUUGUUAUCUGUUUGGAUGGUGAUGGUUGCAAGUUAAGAAGUGGACUGGUGAAAAUUGAGGAAGGUUUAACUCUUGACACGUUAAUUGCUUAUGAUUCAUGUGAUCUUUGCAAGAUGACUCUCAUGCACCAUCUCUGCAAGGUAACACCUUUCAUCCAAAGUGAUGCUUUUUCUUCCACUAGGCUAUUAGGCAGCAGUCUUUGAAAUAUAAUGCGAACAAUUAGUCUUUUCUUUCAGUUUCAGCUGGCAUGUACAUGUACAUUUUCACAUACAUGUCUACUUAUUUUGGCUGUCUAUGAAAUAUAAUGCCAACAAUUAGUAUUUCAUUUCAGUUUCGGCUGUU